AUGGCUUUUGUUAUGGUCAAAGAUCGAGGUAUUAAAGUGUACAAGGCUGAUGGAGGUUUAUUUUUGAAAGGCAAAUGGAAAGAACGAUACUGUGAGCUACAAUCAACUGGAGAAAUUUAUAUUUAUAAAAACCCGAACAACAGCCAACAGCUUCACCAAGUCAUUCAACUCCAAGAAAUCACUGAAUUUUUCCUUGGAAUCCCAGAAGAUCGAGCAAAAGACAAUCUAUAUCCAAAAGUGUCCUCAAAAAUGUCAACGAACCUUGAAAUGGGUUUAAAAGAUGUCAACCAAAUACACUGGCUGCGUUUUGAGAACGAAAAGAUGAUGAAAAAAUGGAUGUCGGCCAUUGGUGAUGUCCUCAAAGAGUUGGGCAUUGUAAGUGAGGAAAAAGCACAAGAUGAACUCGAUUUUGUUUCGAUGAUGUCAUUUGAUAGUGAUGUAAAUUGGAAGGACCAAGAAAAGAAUUUUGGAUCAAGUUCAACUUUACAAAGCAACUACAAAAAGAUGUCAAUUAAAGUUGCCAAAAGAAACGACAUUUCUUCUACUUCUAUCGAGAGUUCCAACAUCAAGCCAAAACCCAUAAAGUCGAAACCAUUCAUACCCCCUCCACCACCAAACUUCCGAAUGCAAGAACCUUUCCGAUGUUCAGGAUCGGGGCCAGGACUCCCACCAAUCCGCAUGAUGAUGCUGCCACUGAGACCUGGACGAAUGCUUUUUGGACAAAGACGAUGCUUU